CAGAGCAGCGCUGGACGCCGACGCUGACGGAGCUUCGUCCUGCAGCGGUGGAUGAACGUAGGAUCCGAGCAGACACCUGGACAGGAUUUGCAGCUUUCCUGACUUCUGUCCUCCUCCGGUGACUGACAACCUUCGCCAUGGGUGAAAUGGAGCAACUGAGGAAGGAGGCCGACAGUCUCAAAGACCAGAUCACGGCGGCCCGGAAGGCGGUGCAGGACACCACCCUGCAGGAGGCGUCGGCCAGCAUCACUGUGGUGGGUCGAGUCCAGAUGAAGACCAGGAAAACGCUCAGAGGUCACCUGGCCAAGAUCUACGCCAUGCACUGGUCCACCGACUCCAAGUUGUGUGUCAGUGCGUCCCAGGAUGGAAAGCUGAUUGUGUGGGACAGCAUCACAACCAACAAGGUGAACGCCAUCCCCCUGAAGUCGUCCUGGGUGAUGACCUGUGCGUACGCCCCGUCAGGAAACAUGGUGGCCUGCGGCGGUCUGGACAACAUGUGCUCCAUCUACAACCUGAAGGGCAAAGAUGGAAACGUGAAGGUGAUGCGAGAGCUGGCGGCGCACACAGGUUACCUGUCCUGCUGCCGCUUCCUGAGCGACAGCGAGAUCAUCACCAGCUCAGGAGACUGUACCUGCGUUCUGUGGGACAUCGAGACGGGAACCCAGAAGACGGUGUUUGCUGGACAUCAGGGCGACUGCAUGUCUCUGGCCGUUUCUCCAGACUUCAAAUUCUUCAUCUCAGGCGCCUGCGACUUCACGGCCAAGCUGUGGGACAUCAGGGAGGGAAACUGCAGGCAGACGUUUGGAGGCCACGAGAGCGACAUCAACGCCAUCGGGUUCUUCCCCAACGGUAACGCCGUGAUCACCGGCUCUGACGAUGCCACCUGUAAACUGUACGACCUCCGGGCCGACCAGGAGCUCAUCACCUACCAGGACUCCGGCAUCAUGUGUGGCGUCACCUCUCUGGCUCCGUCGCUGUCGGGACGCCUCCUCCUGGCCGGAUACGACGACUUCAACGUCAACAUCUGGGACGCUCUGAAAUCCGAGAGAGUUGGUGUGCUGGCGGGUCACGACAACAGGGUGAGCUGCAUCGGCGUGUCCUCAGACGGGAUGGCGUGUUGCACUGGAUCCUGGGACAGCUUCCUGAAGAUCUGGAACUGAAGCAGCAGCAGCAGCAGCCGACAGCAGGAAGAAGAAGAUAAAUGAAGUUUGAGGGAGGGAUGGGGGUGAGAAGAAGGUUUUAAACUGUGCCAAGAUGUUGGAGAGGUUCUAAUCUCACCUUUCUUCUCUGGGAGGGGGGGAGGGUCUCGGAAAAGAUCAUUCCUAUCAAUAGUUAAACUGAUAAAACAUGCACAUUACUGCAGUGGGUGAACAGUUGCCAAACGAAGGUAGAACACUGAUGAAGGUGUGAAGCUCACACCGACAUGUUUUAUAGAUACGAGCUUCUCUGUUUCAGACUGUCGUUUGUCCCUAGUUAGACUCCUUAGACGCUUAC